AUGCCAGCACAAGCACCCCGAAUCCAGGACAAUGUAUGGGAUCAACACAAAGAAGAGAUCAUCUCUUUCUAUUUGACACAUUCAUUGGACCAGACGAUGAAGCAUAUGGAAGAUAAAUACGGAUUUCGACCUAGUGAAAACCAAUACACCAGAAAGCUGAACUCGUGGGGCAUAAGGAAGUAUGUUUCUGGAAGCGACUGGGUCAGUGUCUCCUCUGUGAAGCGAAAGCGAAGCCAAGAGGGCAAGGAUAGUGAUUUUGCUUUCUACGGAUGCAAAAUCACACGUCAAAAACUCGACAAAGAAAUCGCACGGCACGUUCCCUUGAGUAGGAGUUGGUGCAGCUCUGAACAAGCUGUUCUUCCAAAUUAUAUCACUGUCUCUACGCCCCCGGUAGAGUCAAUUGGCAUAUCUCGCAUGUUCCUUCUUCGAAAUCUUCCUUGGUACGAUUACGCGCAGGAAAGACAAGCACUGGUUUCGGGAGGAUACCGAAAAAAUGUCAUCUACUCAAUCCCUGAUACAUUCUUGGAGCUGGCCAUAAAGAAGCUUUCGUCUCAAUCCAACAUCGAUCUGCCAAAACUUGACGUACGUGUAGUAUCGGAUUUUGGCUUCAGGCUCAACAGCGAUCUUCAUACCUAUCUUCCACCUGAAGAUAUGGGGACUCAAGAUUCAUUGAACGGGCUGGGGACAAAACGGAAUAAGCCUCCUCUUUCGGUCCUCGGAGUGUUCCUUAAACACUUUGUGUUUUUGUCUACCAACAACCUACUCUAUGAAUCCCAAAUCAACAGAAUCUGUGACUGGAUUGUUGGUAAAUGUGGUGCUGAUAUCCUUCUGUUUCUGUGUCGGCCGGGGUCACUCUCCAGGAAGGUUUUCGCAAGAAAGGUCCUCUGCAGCGCAGUUGAAUCCGGAAAUAUGCUCCUUGCUAGCAGAAUAAUCCAAUGCGGGGCACAAUUACAGGAUGUUUCUUCUCAGAGUCAACGUUGGGCUGAACACCUUUCAACGGCCGUAUACAAAGGGCACGAGGCUAUGGUUGAGCUACUGUGUAAAGCUGGGGUCCCACCUACGGUCCAGAAUCGCUGGUCAUCCAUUAAGUGGGAAUCUCACCUUCCGAUUAUACAAACACUCCUCAAAUAUGGUGCCGAUCCAGAGACCUUCAUCACGAAGGAGAAGCCUGGGUUCCCUCUGAUUGAUGCAGCAGGGAAUGGUAGCCUAGGGGCCGUGAAACUGCUUCUAAAUGCAGGAGCUAGAAUUGACCUUUAUCUUCCUGAGCAUUGUGGAACGGCUUUACAAGCCGCAGUUUCGAAGGACCGCUUAGAAGUGGCCAAAUAUCUCGUCCAAUCUGGAGCGGACGUUAACGUUCCUAGAGUUGAACAUCUCCGGCAUCAGCGAUGGUCUAUAUUAUUCAACAAUAAAGGAAAGACGGCUUGUCAAACUCCAGUUCAGCUUGCUACUAAAGUGAACAAUCUUGCUCUUCUUCGAAUUUUGCUGGAGAAUGGAGCAUCUGCGAUGGCUUGCCCAGUCUCCAUACUUCCUGACUUUGAAGCCAUUUGCUGCUACCCAGAAAACGAAUUCUACCGGUAUUGGCCACUGAGAUUUACACCUGUAUAUGACAGUGAGUACGCGGUAUACACUGCCCUACAAUACGGGGUUUUAUGCCGAAAUUUGGACAUUGUCGCUUUUUUGCUAUUCGUGGGAGUUGAUCCUGAUUCCCAAGUAGCACCAGGUAUCGGCGACACACCUUUACAGAUGUCAGCAAGAUUAGGCAACUUUCAAUUAGCUCAGCUCCUUCUGAGCGGCGGUGCUGAUGUCAAUGCCUCUCCUGCGGCUUUCAAUGGCCGAACAGCGAUUCAAGGGGCAGCGGAAAGUGGAAACUGGGAGAUUUUAUCAAUGCUUCAAGCUGCAGGAGCGCAAAUCAAUGCUCCAGCAGGAGCGAGGCUAGGGAUGACUGCAUUGCAGGCGGCAUGUUCGAAGGGCCAUUCUCUGAUGGCGGGGUGCUUGCUUGCUCAUCAGGCGGAUAUAAACGCAGCCCCGUCGCCGCUGGCAGGAUUUACACCCAUUCAAGCUGCAUCUGUUCAUGGUGAUAUCAGUCUAGUGAGAGAUUUGAUUAGCCUUGGAGCAGAUGCCAACGCUCCAGCAACUGAGAUGGGAUCGACUGCUCUUAUGGUUGCUGCAAAGCAUAAGUCUCUACCGCUUCUCGAGAUACUUGUGAAACAUGGUGCAAAUGUCAAUCCGACAAGGGACUAUGCUCUCAGCACUCCUCUGGGAAAGGCUGCCUGUAUGGACUGGCUCGAGGGAGUUGAUUUUCUCUUGAAACACGGAGCAGAUGUUGAUGACACUCCAUUUGAAUUACUAGAAUCGGAUGAAUAUGAGGAUUUCCUCACAGAGCUGCUGAGCCCUCUGGGCUGGGCUAUCUCCAAUGGCAAUGAGGAGAUGGUAGGUCUAUUGGUGCAACAUGGCGCGGAUGUUCUUUCAACUGCCAUGCUUGAUGAAGUUGAGUCGCUAAGCGGCCUGAUAUAUGCAAUAUGCUACGGGUCAGAUUUGGCCCUCGUUGAAUUGCUUCUUGCAAACGUCAAGGACUUGAAAAAUUAUCCUGAGUGGGAGGAUGCGCUAAAGUUCCAUUUCGAAAAUUCAGAAACCUUUCAUAUUGAUAUUUGUGAGCUGAUAGUUGAGAAAACAAGCUCACUGGCGUCGCCUCUUCGUCACAAGGUGAUACAAAACGGAUGGAACGUAUUGCCUACAUCGGGCUUCCACGACGAUGAAGAUUUGCUAGACGUCAUUGAGCUUCUCAUAAAAACAGGGGCAGAUUUGGAUUCUCGCUCCGAGGAUGGAAGCACUCCUUCAACGGAUAGCUAG